AGGGAGGGAAGGCGGGGGUUGGCUGAGGGAGGAGGGAGCGUCGCGCGCGCCCGCCCGUGACCCGUUUCCUCCUCUCGCGUCCGCCCUUUCGCUGCUCCCCCCUCAGAGAGGAGGCGGCUGGAGCAGCGAGAUGAGGGAGAGAGCGAGACGGUAAAUUAACACCUCCCUGGAGGGUCGAAUAUCAAAGUGUGUACUUUGGCGUGAGGGGGACAGGGUCACCUCAGGUGCCGCGGACGGGGAAAGGGAGCGCGCCUGCCUCCCGCCUUCCUCCUCCUCCUCCUCCUCAGGAGGGUCGCAGGAAAACGACUCUUCCGUGCCAAGGGCACCUUCUCCCCGCCCCGAGAGAGAGGGAGGGAGGGAAGGACUGUGGCUUUAACAGCCGUAUGACAGGCAGACGUUCAACGGAUUUAGUUUCCCCAUUAAACACAGCCCCAUACGCAGAAUACCCCCCCCCCCGUUGAACUUCUGGUAGCUGUUAAAGGCACACGAGUCGGGAAAGUGGAGGGAGAGGUAGCAACUGCUGUUGUCCCCUUUCUCAGCCUAAAGAGAGCUGGUGGCUGGUAAGAGUGUUUAUUUUUCAGGGGUUUUUUUCUUUUGCCCGAGAAUGGUAACUUUCUGGUAGCUUUUUUUUGAUGCAAACGUUAAGACGUUCUCAUUUGAGGUAUGACUUCCUGCAUUUGAGAAGACGAAAUUAUCAUUAUGACUAUGCCUUUGUUUGUCCCAAUGAAGGCUUUUUUUGUGUCUCCUAAAUUAGUUGGGCUCUGCUUUGUAAUCGAAUGACUGUGCUGGGAAGAAUCCCUCUUUGCACUCUUAGAGGGUAGGGCAUUAGCUCUGUGCUAUGUUCUGCAGUUGUGUCCAGCUUGAAGCUGUGUUUGUUGACUAGAAAGCCACAAACCUUUUUUUUUCUUGUAGCAUUUUUUCUUGUUUUGAACCAAUGAAAUAGCUGAGGAGGAAGAGUAAAAUAGUAGCAACAUCAGUUUAAAUUAAAAUCUGGGAGCUAUGGAACUUUCAGAAACCGAAUUUCCUACUAUAGAUAUACAGCUUAAAUACUGCAGCUUUUAAUGUUGAAAAGGAGUUUAACUUUUAUCCAUUGUAACUUAAAGAUGCAGGUGAGAUCCCAUAGUCUGAAAUACUCAAAGAGAAGAGAGUCCAAAAUGGAUGGAUGUUUCUUAAAAGUUGCAAAUGCAGGUGCAAAUGCAGACAAUUCCAACAAGAAAGAAAAAUGGGAGGUAACUAAAGAAACUUUCUCUCACGGUGGCCAACCAUAUGCCUGUGGGAAACUCAAAAGCAAGACCUGAACAUAAGAGCACUCUGCCCUCCUGUAGUUUGCAGCAACUGGUACUCAGAAGGAUACUGUUCUGACCAUGGAAGCAGAGCAUAGGCAUUGUGGUUGGUAGCCAUUGAUAGCUUUAUUCCUCAUUAAUUUGUCCAAUCCUUUUUUAAAAGCCAUCCAAGUUGUCGGCCAUCACUGCCUCUUGUGGGAGUGAGUUCCAUAGUUUAAUUAUGUGCCACAUGAAUAAGUACAGUACUUCUUUUCUUUUGCCCUGAAUCUUCCAACUUUCAGCUUCACUGGAUGUCCACAAAUUCCAGUGUUAUGAGGAAGUAAACUUUUCUCUCUCCACCAUGCCACCUCUUACUUGCCUUUCUCUAAAAGAAAAUGUCCCAAAUGUUGCAACCCUUUCUCAUGAAUGGCAUGUGACCUACUGCCAGAGUUCAUCAGUAUUUUUUAUCUGCAACUAGUUUCAGAAACACCUAAUUUUCCUUUUUCAUAGAGUCGGACACAUCCACAUUCAUCAGAAUGUAUCUCCCGUAUCUUGAAAUCUGCAUUAACACCUGCAGCUCCACUCUAUGUUGUGUGUGUCAUACUUAUUUCAGGGAAAAUAAAAUAUUUAUUUUAUCAAAUUUAUGCCCAAUGUGGAGCCCCAGAAGCCUUCAAUACAGAAACUUUAUAAACAGUUUAAAAUGAUAAAAUCCUGUCGCUAUUCCCAAUAACUAAACUUUCGUAUACCCUAAACUUUCCUUUACCCAACAGAAUUGGGAGUUUUAUCAUAGACACUGAGAAUCUGAUCCUGGUUGGCGCUCUGCGUAUACCGUAGUUGAUUUAAGCUACAUCCUACAUACAACUGUUUUCCUUAUGAGUUGUAUUGCUAAGCUGUGGGGUGCAUGGGGAAGUAGUUUAGUAGUACCUACUACAGCCAAAGAGUUGUGCUAUGGUCCCUGAUUACUUUCUAGUUAGACUUUGUGAGCUAAAAACAGCAUGCACAGUACUCCUGUGGCUUCAGCAUAUCAAGUGUAAUGAUCAAGUACUCCAGCUAGAAUAAACCUUUCACCACACAAUGGUAGAAAUUGUAGUUGCAUUUGACAGUUCUAGCUGAUGAUAAGUGUUUUUGGUAGGUGGUAUGACCAGUAUUUUUGUGAAUGGACAUCCUGCUCUUUAUAGAAUUAAUAGGCUCUUGAGUCCAAGCGUUGGCAGCAGAAAGGGGCGAGAGCUUAUUUGCCAAACUAGAAUGCCAUACCUAAGGAUAUGUGAGGAUUUUCCAUUGUGGGAAAGUGAGGAUUUGUGUUCUGUUCCCAAUAGAUCCAAUUGUCAGUGAGCUCUCAGGAUUCCUAGUAUUUUCAAAAUACAAAAUAUCCAAAGCUAUGUGGUUGGAGUUCACAGGAUGGUUAAAAGAGAAACUGCCAUAUUUAGGACCUGGCUACAUUUUGCAUGCAAGCGUAUGAAACCUGGGGGAAGGAAAUGUGGCUUUGAAUGAAGGGUGAUUGGUGUGGAGUGAAUAAGUGGUAGGUAGAGAGAGGUUUUAACAGCCCCUUUCCCCUUACCUCACCAUUUCUCUGCUUCAAAUCUUUCUCCUGCAUCUAGUUUUUCCCUUUGGAAAGCAGUUCUCAAGUUUUGCUAUGGAUAUUAUGUGUUUGCAACAUAUAUUCCCGCCCUUAGAUAGGUGCAUCAGAUCAAAGUCAGAGAGCAGGUUUCACCAUUGUAACCUGGGGUCAGUGGCCCUGACAAAGUAGAGUGCUGAUAUGAAAAGCAAAUAGGGGGAUAGGAUAAGACCUAAGCCAAGUUCUAAUUGUUUCCGUUACUACUUUAUAAUUUAUACAACUUCUAACACUUUAAAGUGAUGCACAUUUACUAAAAAACUGCCCAAAUGUUUACAGUAGACAUGAUAGUAAAGGAAAAGGAGUGGAAAGGGAAGGGGGAAACAAAUUAAAGUACUAAUUUUUAAAAGUUAUAUAACUGGUGACCUGCUGGAAUAGCCGCUGAGAAGAUUUCCAUGUUCACUAUUAGAGUAAUUCUGUGGCUGUGUUAAACUCUUUAAUUCUUUAAUCUAUAUAAUUUAUUCAGAUUAGAAUGUAGUCUGCUUCGACCUCUUAUGGAGAAGUGUAAAGAUCCAUGCAAGGCAUUAAAUCUCUGCCCCCCCCCCCCCGGAAAUACUCCUCCACCCACCUGAGACUCAUCAUGUAUUGCUCACAUACUUUGUGUCCUAUUUUUACAACCACAAGGGAAGGAAACACUUUUUAAAAUGAAAGGUGAGGCUCUCAGCAAACUGAAUUCUGCCCACAAUGCCAUGUACCACAUUUUCAUGUACUUGUAUGAAUUUGGAAAUUGAACACAUCUACCUACAAUCUAUGGUUUGAAAUCCAGGAAAGCACAACCAUGUUACAGGUCUUCUGAAUGUUCUCUGUCUCUGGUGCUGAAUGUAUUAACUCUUUUUCUGUGGGACACCUGCUGUUGCGGGAUAUGAGGAAUCCAAUAAUAUAUGCUUUUCUCAUCUAAAAGCAUUACUUAGCCUUUGUGCAGAAGUAUCAGUAUCUGAGAAUAGUCAGAGGCCCAUAUAGAGCCCCCCCCCACUGUUAAUGCUUAAGAAAUGUUAAAUAGUCCCUUUUGUUAAAUAGUCCCUACCAUCAAUUAGCAGUGUCCAGUGCUAUUCAACCAUCGUUUACUCUAAAAAAUACAUAGCAGUGGAAAGGCUUCAAACAGGAAUGAAUUGGAUUCCCUGUUUAAAUUCUUAUCUUGGAUAAAUAAAAACAGCAUGCUGGUAAUAUUAAAAUUAAUAUUCUUACAAAAAUUUUUAGAGCAGGGGUAGGCAACCUAAGGUCCAUGGGCCAGAUGUGGCCCAAUUGCCUUCUCAACCUGGCCUGUGGAUGGCCUGGGAAUCAGUGUGCUUUUACAUGAGUAGAAUGUGUCCUUUUAUUUAAAAUGCACCUCUGGAUUAUUUAUGGGGCCUGCCUGGUGUUUUUACAUGAGUAGAAUGUGUGCUUUUAUUUAAAAUGCAUCUAUGGGUUAUUUGUGGGGCAUAGGAAUUUGUUCAUUAUUUUUUCAAAAUAUAGUCCGGCCCAAAAUAUAGUCCGGCCCACAUGGUCUGAGGGACGGUGGACCGGCCCACAGCUGAAAAAGGUUGCCGACCCCUGUUUCAGAGCUUGGAACAGAUUCAGAAGAAUAUUAAGGGUAAAGCUAGAUGGUUCCAGCACAUUACCAAAUAAUGGAGUGUAGAAAGGAAGAGCUGCAUUCUUUUCAAGCCCAAUGAUGCUCCCCUACACUGUGUUGUCCAUUUUUAAGCAGAAAUCUGAGCAGCAUUAGCUGGAUAAACCAAUAUCUAAGGCUGGGAUUGCUGUUGUUACUGUGUAAACAUGAAGUUAUGCUCACAGUUAGAUAAAAAAGGACCCCACUUUUACAAUGCCCAUAUUUUUUCUCCAACUUUAGAUGGAGAUUGACCCAGGUUAUUCCAAGUAGUAUCAGCCUGCUCCUCUCUUGGAAACAAUAAUUGCUCUUUUCUAAUGUGUUUAGUUCCAGUCUUUAGUCAUGGUACUUGAUUUUUUUUAAUCCUCUUAACAGUUAUGCAGGUUUUCAUAUGUUCCCAUUGCUUAUUAGAAGAUUAUUUUUCACUGUAUGUGGAAUUUGUUGUCAUGCCAUCCAUCUCUUUUAUGCUUUUACGAUAUUGCACAUAAUUGGUAAAACAGUGAUCAUUUUUAUAUCUCUGCCAAGAGAUGAAACAGUCAAGAAAACUAGGAAGAUUUGACACUGUUUAUUAGAUUCUUUCUUUCCCAUGCCCCCAUCUCCUUUUUUUAAAAAAAAAUUAGUCUUGCACAUAUUCAAAAUACAUUUCUGCUUUCUAGUUUCCAUUCAGCUUCUGUAUUGCAAUAACUUUCUGUUUCCUGGUUUGUGUUGGUAUUGCAGUGCAGGCACGGAAAGUGAAACAAGCUAAUCUCUUGGGACAAAGGUCUUGAGUCAGUAAAAUUGUUUGCCUGGGUGUGUUUCUAAACACAAAGAAGACUGCAUACGAAAAGAAUUGUUUGCUUUCAAUGGCAAGGAAGGGGAAGAGAAAACAUAGUUAAUGGUAUCUCUUCAUUCUUCAGUGUUUGGACUUGGAAGAUGAUUUUGAGAUGUGGUGGUUUCAGCAAGGUCUGAGCAUCUUGCCUUCUGCCCUCGUUAUUUGGACAUCUGCUUCCUUUGUGUUCUCAUACAUUACUGCAGUCAUCUUACAUCAUGUUGACCCUUUGGUGCCCUACAUCAGGUCAGUAAGACUUUUACUAUUGCAUUGUUACAUACAGCGGUACCUCUGGUUAUGGACGCUUCUGGUUACAAACGCUUCAGGUUACAAGCUCCGCUAACCUGGAAGUAGCUGCUCCUGGUUGUGAACAUUGCCCCAGGAUGUGAACAGAAAUUGCGCACCAGAAGCAUGCGUACGGCAGGAGGCCCCAUUAGCGAAAGCGCCCUUCAGAAGAAGAACGGUUUCAGCUUAAGAACGGACCUCCAGAAUGAAUUAAGUUUGUAACCAGAGGUACCACUGUACAGUAUAACAAAAGAUCACUGCAUAGGAAAGCACUCCCCCUUUGGGGGGUGUGGAACUCCUAAUUUUUAAAAAGUCAUAUGCAUACCAAUUUAAAGUUAUUUCAUUUCUAUCUAACAAUGCUGAAAAACUUGUUCCUCUCCCCUCGGCUUUGCUGGACAGUGAAGUUUGUAUACUUCCCAAUUCCUUACAGAGGAGUAUGGCAAAAUCAAUAAAUGGUUAUAGGUUAUAACUUGCCUGCAGCCAUGUUUUAACUAUAGGAGACUGCAAGAAUCUGCAGCUGUAAUAAACCGCAUACACAUUUUGACUAAGAUACAGAUUCCUAUUUGGCUAUUCCCAGGCAAUGUGGGUGUAGCUACUGUGAUCACUGGAAACCAAGAGGCAGGAAGAAACCUGCAUCCGAGUUAUCCAUUUUCUCCAUUAACAUGCCAGCUACAGGUCCUAGAGCAGGUCAGUUAGAUCUCUUUCCUAUGAUGCAUAUAUUCCUUGUAACCAAACAUCCAUAAGAGCUUCUUACUGUUUUAAUUAAAUAUAUAGUUUUAAAUGCCAUUGGAUAAGUAUACAUUUUUACAAGAAAACUGUUGUGGGGUGGUGGUGGGGGGAAGUGUUGCAGAGUCACUGCCUCUCAACCUACGCUACCUCACAGUGUGGUUGUGAGGAUAAAAUGAGGAAGUGGGAGCACCAUGCACUCCACCAUGAGCUCCAUGGAGGAAAUGUGGCAUAUAAAUAUAAAGAUGAAUAAAUAAUAUAAAUAAAUAAUAUUAGUACUAUAGAAAAAGGUAAUCUAAUGUGUUCAGAUGAAGAAAAAUAAUAUCGCUGAUAUGAACACUCUCCCCUUUCAUAUAUUUUCAGGGUCCUUGCUUCAUUAUUCGUAAUGCCGUAUGUCUGGGGUGGCAGAUAAACCUUAGAAUCAUAGAAAUGCAGAGUUGAAUGGGAUCCAGAGGAUCAUUUAGUCCAACCUCCUGCAAUGCAGGAAUAUGCAGCUGUCCCAUACAGGAAUCGAACCUGUAACCUUGGUGUUAUCAACACCAUGCUCUCACCAACUGAGCUAUCCAUUUCUAGGCCUUGUCAUGCCUGAUGUCAGGGAACCUUUUUUCAGUUCUGGGGCUGCAUCCCCUUUUGGGCAACCUUUCAAGGACCACAUGCUAGUGUUAGGGAGAACUAGAGGCUGAGCAAUGAAAGGCUAGUUUCUGCACAUACUCACACACCCCUCUGUAUCUCCAUGCAGAAAAGCAAGAGGCGUUAUCAGAAUACAUGGCCACAUCCUAGCCUGGCAAAAAUUGUUGGGGUGUGAAGCAAGGCCGGUGAGGUGUUGUGGCCUAGGGAGAGCUCCAAGGGCCACAUUUGGCCUGCCAGCCUGAGGUUCCCUGCUCCUGCGUUAUGUAAUUCACUGGGCAGUGUUAAAAAUCAGAGAUCCAGCAUGCUGUGAGCAAGAGAAAGGAUUACUAGCAAAUAUUUUCAGCAGAUAAUUUGCAAGUGGGUGGGGGUGAAGGUCUACGUUUCUGGAUGAAUACAUAGAGAUAGCAUAUAGGCAGCCUGAUAAGACUGCACUUUGCUUUUUAGAACUUUGCCAUUAUUCAUGUAUUGAAAUUCUUAAAUGACUUGGAGUCAGAAAAUUUGUCAGACAUUGGUAAACUUUAGCCAUGCAUAGCUGGCUAUAUUAAAUAAAUAAAUAAAAAGGCUCUAUAUUUGACAAACAACCUUUUAUAAGUCUUUAAAAAACUUGUUCCUUUAAUAAAUAUAAUUGUGCUAGAUUUUCCAGCAUUAAAAAAUUACUCUAUGCAUUUUGAAAUAAUACAAAAACCAAAUGAAUUGUGCCUCAAGUACUGCAUGGGCAUGGAUUUGUUUUUGGUUGCUUCCCUUUUGAUAGUUGUAUUUUUUCCCAUCUACUGCUUAUUCUUGAUACUUACAAAUUGGUAUUUAAAAAUUUAAAUGUCUCCCAUUUUUUAGUUGUGCAUUUGGUUAGUUUUAGAGUCACUGUAUCUUACAUUGCUUUUCUUUCAGUGACACAGGAACAACACCCCCUGAAAGAUGUUUGUUUGGGAUAAUGUUAAACAUUGCCGCUCUUUUGGGUAAGUACGGGGGGGAAAGAAUCCUAGGCUUCUGAAAGAUGCUUAGACAUAGGCUUUGUGAGACUCCAAAGGGAAGGAAUUCUGUAUCUGUAGCAUAGCUAUUGAGAUGCCCUUGCCAUGUGGAAAAGGUGCACUGAUGGAAGUGAGACAAGGACACCACAACAACUGUCCUUAAAGAUUGCCAUGGCAAAUACAGGUGGCAAUAUGAUUAUUGACUAUUCAUUAUUCCAUAAAUAAUCCUGCUAAAUCUGCCUGUCUCAUAGUAGACAAGUAAUUGUAUAUGACACAGAAUCUUGUGACAGCUUAAAAACUUACAAAUGCAUUAAAGUGUAAGACAAAGGGUUUUGAGAUCCUACAUAGUUAAUAGCCAUACCAAUGCCAGGAUGUUUGUUAUAAACAACUGUUUGUGAAUUCUCUCUCUUAAUAUAUGAUUAUCACUGUUUUGUGCUUCCUGCAUUGCAUUUCCUUCUGUCCAUACUGUUUACAAUUUUGCUCCUGCAAAACCAUGUGAAUAUAUCCCUAUAGCUCAGGAGAAUACUUCAUGCAUCUAACAAAGUGAACAGGUCCACGAAAGCUUCUACCUUAAUCAAUUUGUUAAGUCUUUUAAAGAUGCCAUUUUCUUUUUGCUGCAACAUACUAACAUGGCUACGUCAUAUAAGUAAAAUUCAUCUGCCCUCAGGGCUGUAUUCACAGACUUUCUUCCCUCCUAUUGUAUUUUGAGUACCUGACAGCUAGUUUUAGGUGGCCACCAAUUAUACUUGGCUUCUUCCAAGGGCAGUCUUUUAUACCAUAGUCUUACUGUGCUGUAUUUGGAUUAUUUCACAGGCAUGGCAACCAUGUAUGUCCGAUACAAACAAGUUGAUGCUUUGAAUCCUAACAACCCCAAGAUCUUCAGGUUAAAUAAAGCUGGCUUUGUGUUAGGAACAGUUAGUUGCUUUGGGCUUUGCGUCAUUGCAAACUUCCAGGUUUGUACUUCAUCUUUAAUUGUUUUGGAAUACAGGAUAUGAUAGGCUUUUUUCUCUCUCCAGAGAAGUUGCCUACUGAUUGCCUUCCAGCAUAAAUUUGGGUAGUGAAUGCACAUGAAACACAAUUUUUCAUCUCAUAAUAGGUUUGUAUUUACAAUUGGGCUUUGGUUGUCAGGCCACAAUUGUACGAUUGCCAUGACCUUGCUGUACAUUUACUUGGUAGCAAUUAGUGCUGGUUUGUUUUAUUGGUGUGAAUUUCAAUAUUUACACAUGAUUUGUUAAGCAAAACUUACCUUUUUUGCUGUAAGCCGCUUGGAGAUAUUCAGGUGACAAGUGACUAAUAAGUCUUAAGAAAUGAAAUGAAAUGCUCAGGCACAAAGCUUAUUGGAUGGCCUUGGGCUGGUUGCAGUCUCUCAGCCUAACCUUCUAAGAGUUGUUGAGGUUAAAGUGCUAUCAGAGUUCUAGACACACAUAAUCCAGCAACCUUCAAGCUAGACAUAUCUGAGUCUGGUCAGUAGUUGGGUGAGAGACUAUCUGGAAACCACAUGUGUGCUACUUUGAGCUUCCUGGAGAAAAACUAGCAUGUAAACUAUUCUUUUCCACUAAAGAGUAGGGUAAAAAUGUUGUAAGUGUAAAAAAUACAAAACAUGAAUUAAGUCUGGGAGACAGAUGUAAGAAAUAGGUAUAUGAUUUUGCUAUCAAACCACAUUUUUUUGAAAACGUGAACUCUCCUUGGGAGCCACCCCUCUAAAGUCUCAGUUUAUUGACUGAAUUGUUCAGCUUUCAAAUAUUACUUGGUCAAACCAGCUUUGAAACCUGUGUUCUUUUCCUCCAGAAAAGCACUUUAUUUUCUAUGCAUGUAACCGGAGCCUGUCUCACGUUUGGAAUAGGAGCCAUUUACAUUCUGGUUCAAACAGUUCUUUCUUACAAGAUGCAACCAGGGAUUCAUGGAAAGGGCAUUUUUUGGAUCAGACUGACAGUUCUGCUGUGGUGUACAUCGAGCAUAGUGAGUAGUAUCCUUUGUGGUGAAAUGUCAUUAAAACAGUGAACAUGUAUAAUUUAUAUUCAAAUAGUAGAAUGUGAACAUAAGACUGCAGUUCAACUCAUCCAUGUUCUAUUUGGAAGUCUCUGUGACUUCAGUGGGUGUUAGUAUAAGAGCAUAAGAAGAGCCCUAUUUGAUCAGACCAAAGGUAUAUCUAGUCCAGUAUUUUACUUCCGGCUGACUUUUUCCCUAACCCAAAGGUUUUAAAUGUUCUAGCCUUUCCUUCUAUGGAAGGUUCUCAAGCCCUCAGAUAGUUUUUGUUCUUUUUAUGCAUCUUUCCCAGUUCUGUGAUGCUUAUUUAAGUAUACGUAGGAUUCGAAAUGCAGCUGCAUCAUAUAUUUGUAUAACAACAUUACGUUGAUGCCACUGGUGCCAAUUACAGCCUCCCUCCCAGGAAAAAUAAAGCAUAGGGAUUUUCUUAGGGAUUGCAGCACAGAAAGAAAUGGUUAGCCUCCCUUCCUGCACAUCACAAUCUGCAGCUGCUAUUCAAAAACAUGCUGAAUCUAUUCAUACUUCUCUGCAUAGGGACUAGGCUGCAAAUCUAUUUCGUAAAUAAAUGACUAAGAUAAAGUUGAAUGGUUUUUCAAAUGCUGAAAGCGCAAAGCAGAUGUUAGGGGUAUUUGAAAGGAAAUCCAUUUGUGAGUCUCUAAAUUUCAACUAUAUUGGUAUACAUUUCACAAGAGGUAAGAAAAAUAUUCUGUUUGGCAUUGAUGGGGAGAGCAAUCAAACCUGUCGGAAGCCAGUGUUAAUUGCACUGGGGUAAAUUAUGCUGCUGUUAAUUCACUCCUAUUCCAAACUCCAUUCAGGAGUAGGACUGAGUGAGCCCAAGCCUGAAGAGGGAAAACAAGUCUUUAAAUAGAGUUUGUCUUCCACCACCCUUUUUGCAAGUAAGAUUACCAUUGAGCAGUUAAAUCAUGUGACUGAGCUGAAUUUGGAAAAGAGGCAAGUCUUCUGCCUCUCCACAGAACACAACUUUUUCAGGACUCAUUCCAGUGCUGGCUGGAAGAGUAUUCUCCAGUUGAGCCAAACUGAGGGUCUUCAGCCGGCUGAGUUUAGGCUUAGCCCAGAGAUACACCUGUUCCAAACUCCACUCAUCCUGGCAGAUCUUGGAUUUGGACUGCUCCCUAAAUCUCACCUGAGGCAUUUGGUCAGUUAAUGGUUAUCACAUUUUUAAAGGACAUGGACAAACUGAAGAGACCAGCAAAACUGAAGAUCCAUACCAGGAAAAAUAAUAUAUCUUCUAUUUCUUGAUAGGAGUUAGCCAAUAAACCGGAGAGCUCCUAGAUCAGAGAAAAAGCAAAUAAAGGCAAGCAAGGAUGAAUGUAAAGUGAGGGUGCUCCGUAUGCCUCAUGGGUGUUCCUUAACCUGCUAAAAGUGUUUAUUUCUUCAGUCAUUUUGUACAGUGGCCUGUGUGGAACAGGUUUAGUACAGAAGCUGCAUUGGGACCCCCAGGAGAACGUAAGUUUCAUAUUCUUAUGAGAAAAAUUGAAGACAUAAUGGAAAUUGGUCCUCUGCAUUGUAGCAUAUAUAUAUAUAGGGGGGGGGGAGGGAGAGCUAUGCACACACACACACACACACACACACACACACACACCCUAAAAAACAAACAGCUAAGUAGUCACAGUAAAAAAUUACCAAGGCAUACAAAAGUAAGGCAGUGGUGAUGUAGGGAGCUUAAAACCCACUGUUGGCUUGACUAUUUGAACCAGAAGGUACCUGGAAAGUUAAAAACCAGAUUGCAUGACAGUUGCCCUGCCUGAGCUUCUGCCAAUUUGCUAGCCCCCCCCCCCCCGAUAAAGUAGCACAUAAAUUAACAAACAUAACCCUAAAUAGUAUGAGACAAGUGUUUCUCACAUUUUCUAUAAAUAUUGCGGCCCAUUUCAUGCCAGUCCAGUCUAGAGAAAUGUGUAAGAAGAGCUCAGUUGGGUCGGCCAGAUGUCUGUGGAAUGCCCACAAGCAGGGUAUAAAGGUAAUAGCCCCCAGUUACUCUUCAGCAUAUGGCAGUGACCAUCUUCAGUUAUAGUGCUAAACCAUGGUUUAAGCACAGGGGUGGAGAUUCUCCAGCUCACGAGCCAGACUUUACCCACCAGGGGAGUCAAAGUUGGCCUUGUUAAAACAGGGUUUCCUCCCAUUAUGCUACAUGAAUAAGUGUAGCCUCCUCCUAAGCUUGCAUGUUUCCCUUCCUUCCUUUCACAUGAAAGUGAGGCUUUUGCUUUCCUUAACUCUGGCCUGUUUUUGUCUGAACUGUGAAUUGUGGUUCACUACAUUAUGGUUAGCUUUAACACGAUAUAUCUUUAUUUGAAGGAGGCUUAUUUUGAAAUUAACUGUAAUUAGUAUUAACAAACCUUACUUAGCUUUUUGGAUGAAAUGACAAACCAUAGUUAAGGGAAAGAAAAAGCUAGUGUCUAGUGCUAUAUGAAUGAGGAACCUAGGCUCAUUCACAUAGCACUAGAUGAUUGUGUAGCAUUCCUCCUUAACAUGGUUAUUCACUGGCCUAUUGCCUCUGAACCUGGAAAUAACCAAACAAAAAUGUAUGGAGCGCAAAUCAGAACUCAUUCACUGCCAUUCUGUAUACUGUCCAAAUAGGUGGCUAUGGGAAAAUCAGCCCUCAACACACUUUCUGAAAUAUACUCAGAGUCGCAAAGUGAUUUCAUGCUCUUUAUUCAGCUCAUAGUGGUGAGGAGGAAUGAAUGAAAGUCCCCUCACAGUAUCUGCUUUAUAUACAUUAUUUACACAAUGGGCUGCACAUGAUUGGCUAAUUCCGGAUUCUACUGUAAGCCAAUCAGGUUGUGGAUUCACUUCUAUCUGGAGCAUGAUUGGGUGGUUCCUGCCAACCAAUCAUACUGCUGCAUUGUUCUAGGACCAAUCAGACUGCUGCAUUCUGAAUCCUAUUGUUCUAGGACCAAUCAGACUGCUGCAUUUUGGAUCCUAUUGUUCUAGGACCAAUCAGACUGCUGCAGUUUGGAUCCUAUUCAACUCAGUACAUAACACUUUCCAUACACUUAUUAUCUAUGAGACUAUUUUAGAAGGAACAAGAGAAACCUGCAACAAAAUGCUGCAGUUUAUCCCCAGUUGUAAAAGGGUGGUUUGCAUUCAGGGUUUCAUCCCCCCAUCCUAAUUUCCUCUAAAUACAGUAUUCAACUCAUCCCCAUCUGUUCCAUUUUUCUUUUCCAACUAUUACUUUAAAGGCUAUGCCUACUGAGCAUGCUUAGUCAUCCAUGAGCUGAUUUUAUAGGGUUUGCCCCCUUAAGUGUUCAUCUUUUCAAAAACAAUUCAUACCUUUUUGCAAUCUGUAGGGUUCCCCUGGGCAUGCUGAAACUUCCCUCUUGUUUUGACUACUAGUUGACAGUCACUUAACUGCUAUUAGUGAUCUUUCACCACUAAGAUGUAUUCUCAUAGAAAUCUGUUUUUGUCUUCUACAGGGUUACACUUUUCACAUCAUGAGCACAGUCUCUGAGUGGUCUUUGGCUUUCUCUUUCCUCAGCUUUUUCCUUACUUACAUUCGUGACUUCCAGGUAAACCAAUGCGAGUUUUUAGUUGAAUAGCUUCUAAGCGAUAAUAGAUAUCCUUAACCAUCCUGAAGUUUUGGGGGGUGGCUUAACACAACAAGGAAGGCACUUCAUGGGAUAAUAUGAAAUGUGAAUUUCCAUGGCAAAUCGUGUAAGGUAAAUAUCACCCCAUGCUAAAAGCUUGUGGCUUUUGAUCUGUAAACUUCCUCUUUGACGUACAUGACUGGCCACUGUUAAAGACAGUAUGCACACUAGAUAGCCAAUAUUAAGACAGUAUGUGCACUAGAUGGAGCACAGAAAUUAAAAUGGCUGUUUUUCUGAGCUACAAGAGAAAAAGAACACUUCAUACAAGCAUAGUUUACUUUAUUGCUGGCCUUGCAAUAUUACCUUUUUCAGAAAUCUGUUUUUAAGCAUGAAGAACAACAUUUUGUCUGCGUUGUCUCCCUUGCUUAUGAAAACAAACCCAACUCUGUAUACAAUGAAAGUAUAAUAUGCACUGAAAGUCCCAGUGCAAUUGGUAGUAUGACUCAAAAUAAAAUCCACACAAGGCAUGUAUGUAGUCACAAAGAACUUGACAAGAAUAUACAGUGGUGCCUCGCAAGACGAAAUUAAUUCGUUCUGCGAGUUUUUUCAUCUUGCGAAGCACGGUUUCAAUUUUUUCAAAAAAAUCUUCAAAAACCUCAAAAAAGGCUACCACACUGCAUGCUAUGAGUUGCUCCCCGAAGUCAAGUCGCAACUGCACCUCUUCAAGCAAUGCACCCUGUAUUACUGUAACAGUUUUAAGAAAAAGGAAACAAACUUGCAAGACGUUUCCGGUUUCCGUCUUGCGAAGCAAGCCCAUAGGGAAAUUCUUCUCGCGAUGCAACUCAAAAAACGAAAAACUCUUUCGUCUUGCGAGUUUUUCAUCUUGAGAGGCAUUCGUCUUGCGAGGUACCACUGUAUGCAGUCUUGCAAUUUGCCAUUCAAUAUAACCGAGAUCAAGAGUACAGCUAGGUAGUAAAUCUUCUAGAUAAGACUGUGUACAUGAAGGACUCUGGCAACAAGGCUCCCAUGUAUAGUCUUCGUUUUGUUAUGUCUUCUUCAGGUUGGUUUGGAUACAUUGAUAAACGGCAAGUUUAUGCUCAUAAUGAGGCCAGCUGCUGACUUGCAUGGGCACUUAGGUCCUAGUAUAAUCCUUGCUUAUGAGCCAAUACCAAAUUACAAAGAAAUGCACGAAACCUUUCUUUAUAAAUGUCUCAUGGAUCACUGGAUUUAGUGAUGGAAAACCAUUUAAAAAUUCAUUUCUGCUACGCACUGCAGAAUGUUAUUCUUUUGAUGAAUUUAUACUCUACCUUCCCCUUAAAGUGUGAUUCCCCACCACCACCCUUUUUUGAGGAUUAGGACACCUUUAGUGCCUUGCCAUAGCUGCUCAUGUCUAUUUAAGCCAGGUAGGAAGUCCAGAUGACAUUGGACUCUCCACUUCCAUCCUCCCCAGGAAACAUGGCCACAGGUCAGAUAUUAUGGGAGUUCAGCAACAUCUGGAGGACCACAGGUAUCCCACCCCUGGUUUAAGUGUUUCAACUAAAUCUCUCCAGGUACAUCUGUAGCUUAGGUGGGGAACCUCAGCCCUGCAGGUUAGAUACAGCUCUCAAGGCUUCUCUAUCCAGUCCUUGUCACAGCCCUACUCAAUACCCUCCUUGAGUUCUUUUGCCUUGCUAGAAUGUGUCAGUAAUAAUAAUAAUAAUAAUUAAACUGUGAUAAUUCCUCUGGUUUAUGUGGAUUGAGAGAUGUGGGGCUUGUAUAGCUGGAGUGUAGCCUACUGUAAAUAGGUAAGAGUUAUAUCCAUUUGUUACCCGCUUUUACCUCUAGCCCACCUAUUACUGGGAUGCAGCUGCUGGAAUGUUCCCCAUGAGGAAAUGCAGCCAUUGAGCCGAAAAAAAUCCCACCACACAUCUAUGGAAUUAAAAAACAGCCAAUAGUAAUCCAAACCAUUGAGACCCAUCAAUUCCACCAUCACCACCUAGUGAAGGAGAUCUAGUGGAGAACUGUUUGAUGUUGCGGUUGUUGCUCUGCGAAAAUGGAUUGACAGACCUUAUUCAUUCUUUUCCACCACUGUUCCCUUCUUCAGAAAAUCUCCUUGCGUACAGAAGCACUGCUGCAUGGGCACAAUCUUUAUUAUACACAACAGCAGCUACUAGCAGAUGACCAAGGAAUGCCAACCACAGGGAAUAUAUGAGAAGAUAACAAUGGAGAAUGAGUAUGAUUUGGAUCCAAAGGUGGAAUCCGUCCAUCAGAGAAUGGCUUUUUCUGUCAGAAGGGAAACUUUGGAUCAAACACUGGCUUUUAAUAUCUGAUGAACCUGUGUUGGUUUUGUGUCUAAAAAUCCAAUGUUGCCUGAGUGCACUUCUGCUCACACAAUGGGACUUCCCUAUCCUCUCCCCAAAUCUGUCCUGGAGGGUCACCUAAGUAAAGUGAAGUGCCAUUGCUCUUGAGCAUAGACACCGUUGGAUUUUACUCAGUUAUGCCAUCAGUCAUAAUAUGCAACUAACAAGAUAGAUGCCUACUUGUCUCAUUGUCAUCAACCACAUCUACAACUCUAUAAAUGUGUUUUAAGAUUUAGCACAUUCUGUGCAAGCAGUAAAAAUGUGUCAUUUUAUAUGCAAAUAUUGAUGAAGGAUUGUUAAUGAAAUCUGUCACUUAUGUGAAAAUAUUUUUAAUUAAGCCAUAAAGCAAUGCAAUUCCGAAUAUGAAGUAAUACUGCCAGUAGCAGCCUGCAACAUUUCUUCUAGAUUUUUAUAAAAUGAAUAAUAAAAUACAGAUUAAAGUUUGCUGAC